UUCAUCGGUAUACUACAUUAAUUAGGUUAGUCAUACAUAUACAUAAAAUACUUUCCUGUUUGGGAAGUGAAAAUAAUGGAAUCUGUCGUAGCAAUAAUUGCUUUCAUCUGGAUGACACACUUGGGAUCUUCCGCUGACGAUAUCAAAGGAUUGCGUAUAACCAGCAAAGAUUUUGUAUUCACCGCAUCAUGGGAGCCCGUAGCUGCGCGCAAUGAAACUGAGUCCGACGACUCUACACCGACAAUGUACACUCUGUCUGCGUAUGGACUGAAUGAUUCGUCCGGAUUUGCUCCCGUUACCAAUUGCGCGAACGUAACAGAACACAUCUGUGUUAUUGACCCUGAUAUUUAUGACUUCAUUGGAAAGACCCAUUGGAAAUACAAAUUUAAAGUGUAUGCAUCGAGUGGAGAUAAAGCGGUUGGGGAAAGCUCAGUUGUACAAUAUGUUCCUUUCAAAGAUCGUUACAUGGUCAUAUCUCCUCCCGAAAUGAAUAUAACUCGAGAUGGCAAAAACAUUACAGUGUAUUUAGAAAGUCCUCUUCCUCUGUUUAAUGCGCAUGACUCUGCAUAUUUUGAAAUUGAAGCAUUUAGAAACGACUCCUUGGAAGAGGGAUAUACAUACACGACUACAACCGUACCUGGAAUGUCGGACAAUAUUGUGAGCUGGAUCACCUCUGCUCCUCAGAAUGUUACAAUUUGCGUUAAAGCAAGAUAUCUUUUUGAUAUCCAUUACAAAUAUGAAGGGCAGUGGCGUCAGAAAUGCAUUCGGGAACUCAUCCAAAAAAAGAAACCAGAAGCAUCAACAGAUGAUGUAAAUUUAUCUGCAGAAUUUGGCAGGCUGCCGACUCUGGUGACAAUAGCAGUUCUUUUCGGAGUUAUAGUUCUUGUUUUGCUGAUCGUUGGAUUCAGAAUGCUUUUCAUAAAACAUUAUCGGAAUCCAUUUCAGGACCCGAACUUGACAUUGCCCAGAAAUACAGUCAUAGCAACUAAUACAGAUGAAAAUGAUAAACUGGUCAUUGCCGUGCAACCCCCUGAAAAAUAUGACAAUAUUAGAGCCAGUAGAGAGUCAAGUAACAACAAUUUGAGUCACUACGAAAACGAUGUUGAAAAUGCUGCGUCAACGGAACUGUUCAUCGCUGGAUCGGAUGAUACUGAACUUUCAACACCGCAACAAUUGCCCUUGAUAAAAAUAUCGCCAGUCAGAAAUUUCAAAAUUGUCAAUUCAUUGACAAAUAGGAACACUCGUGUAGAGAGCGCUGAUUCGGCAUUCUGCGAUGGCAUGUAUGGUCUCACUUUGUCUGAAUCAAGGAUGUCACCAGAAUCGAAUAGCGACCGAUGCAGUCCUUUACACGAGUCGCCGGGUUCUUGCGAGUCUGUGUUCAUGGAGGACGAGGCAUACAUCCGUGUUCCAUUUGACUUAGUCCAAUCAAACUGAGUUAGAGUUAUGACUAUGUGUUAGGCAGCUUCGUUUGAACGCAUGUUCCAAACAAAUGAGUCAUCGAGCGCAAAAUUGAAGUAAACGAAUACAUAAGAUAUAUAUAUUAUCUUCCGAAUUCUGCGAAAAAUAUAUUUCAAGUUUCCCCGUAACACUGUUUUGUUUGCCUGUAUUAAUUUCGUCAUAGAAGUUGCAACUUUUAAUCAAUAUAUAUUCUUUUACUGAUUUUUAUUUAACAAAAUUGUUGCUGCCAUGCUAAAUGUUUUGGAGAAAAUGAAUGCAAAAUAUAAAUAUGUACUAAAACAUAGCAAUUUUUCAUAGCAAUAUAAAACAAUUAAAUCCAAGGUGAAUUCAAAAGUGAUACAUUUAAUUGAUAAAAAUGCAUAUUUUGAAAUUCAUUCUUUUCUUUCAAUUUCGUGAUGCAAUAAAUAUUCAGAGUACUUAU